UGUUAACAUAACAAAGAAAAAUUCAAAUGUAAUAUUUAUAGUUUCGUGGAUUUGAUUUCGUUUUGUGUGUACGAUUAUUUAUUCCAAACGUUCGCAUUCAAAACGAUCAUCAUAUUAUCACGUAAUUAAAGAAGAUUAUAUUUUCAACCUAUACGUGAAAACGUGUGCAAAAGUUCAGGAACAAUAACUUGUUACUAACGUUUGAGCAUGCUGGGUGCAAAAGGAGUGAUGUGUGCAAAAUCUCGGUUUUUCGUGUUGAACGAAACUCGAUGUAGAUGCUUAUUUGAGUGUGUGUCUUGAACUUAGUAACGUGGAAGAUAUCAUUAUCUUACUAGAUUGCAUUUCAGGAUUUUAUUUUGAAUCAUGGGAAGGUAUUCAGGGAAAAGAUGUCGCCUGAUGAGCAUGUUCACUUUAACAACAGGUUUCUUUUUUAUAGAAAUUAUUGUUGGCUACAUAACAAAUUCUGUAGCUUUAGUAGCAGAUUCCUUUCAUAUGCUAUCAGAUGUAAUAGCAUUAAUUAUAGCAUUUUUAUCGGUUCAGAUGUCACCUAAGAAAUGGUCAAAAAAUACAUUUGGAUGGGCUAGAGCAGAAGUUUUAGGAGCUUUAGUGAAUGCAGUGUUUUUAGUAGCAUUAUGUUUUUCUAUUUUCAUUGAAGCACUAAAGCGUUUGUAUGAUGUAGAUGAAAUCCACAAUCCAAAGCUUAUUUUAUAUGUAGGAUGUGCUGGUUUAUUGGUUAAUGUUGUUGGUCUCUUCCUUUUUCAUGAGCAUGGUCAUGGGCAUAGUCAUAGACGUGCUCAUCAUCGUAGUUUACCAACGAUAGAAGAAGUUCUUGCUGAAGAAGAUAUCAAUGAAAAUCAUGAGAAUUAUAGAUUGUCUGACAACCUUCCAAAUACAGUGCCAGAUGCACAUGGGAAUCGACAAAUGGCAUCAGGUAGUCAGAUGAAUAUGCGAGGAGUGUUUCUUCAUGUGCUGGCAGAUGCACUUGGAUCAGUGAUCGUUAUCAUUAGUGCUCUCAUUAUUUGGUUGACAGAAUGGGAGUACCGAUUUUAUGUUGACCCAGCUUUAAGUAUUAUAAUGGUUUGUCUCAUCAUGAAGUCAACUUGGCCUUUGUUGGUAGAAUCAGCUUUGAUUUUACUUCAGACUGUUCCAACUCAUAUUCAGAUUGAUUCAUUGCAGAAAAAAUUACUUCAAGAGAUUGAUGGGGUUUUAGCCGUACACGAAUUUCAUGUAUGGCAACUGGCUGGAGAGAGAAUCAUUGCAUCUGCCCAUAUCAGGUGUAGGAAUCUUGUUGACUAUAUGCAGAUCGCAGAAAAAGUUAAAGAGUUUUUCCAUAAUGAAGGGAUUCAUUCUACCACUAUCCAACCAGAGUUUGUUGAUAUACCAUCGUAUCAAGAAAAAGAAGAAAACUGCAUCCUUGAUUGUCCUGCUAGUACUAAUUGCACAGCCCAGACGUGCUGUGGGCCACAAAAGGAAGGACAGUCUCCUCAAACUCCCCGAUCUACACCUGUGUGCCGACAGCGACUGAACAAUGGCAAUAAUACCGAUUCAUAUCCUGAUGAAGUAACUUUAGCUCUGGAAGCAGGAGACGUAAAUGCAUCAUCAUCAUCAUCAACAACUAAGAAUGUUCGACUUGCAUAAUCUGUUUUACAAUUUGACAAUCAGUAUUCAUGAUUGAUCUUGAAACAUUUGUAACAGUCAUGCUUUGUAAAUCUGCAGUACAUUUGACUUUUAAGCAUUUAUCAGCAAUUUUUUGUAAUCAAAGUUCCAAGAUGUAAAAUUUAGGCUGAAUAAUGUGCUUUUAAAAUUGCAUUUAAUAUUGGCACAUUAUAAAGUACAUGCAUGGUUCUGUUUCUAAAUUUUUUGUAAGACAUAAUGAAUGCUUAAAAUGUUCUUCAAACCUAUGACCUAAAAUUAGAAUUUAAUGAUGAAUAUUUUUCAGCUUUAAGUUCUAAUGUGAAUUUUUGUCGCCCCCCCCCAAAAAAAAAAGUUCAAAAUAUGAAUCUCAUGUAGAACCAUUUCAUAUUAUGUAUAUUGCAUUCCUAGACAAUGGAGUAAAAGUAGACUCCAUGUUUUUGUGUCUUUGAUAUAUAAUAUUUAAUUUUCAAUGGAAACAGAAGAUGCAGAUCUACUUUUAAGAUGUUAUCUAUUAUCCAGUUAUGUAUCUUUACAAAUACAUAAUGGAUCAUAGAAUUUUGUUUUCAUCAUAUUUAUUUUCAAAAUGUAAUUUGAAAUACAAAAUUGCAGCCCAUUUUGUAUGUGAUCUGUAAAUAAGUAAAUUUAAGUGUAUUCCAAUCAAAAAGAAUAUUGGAAUUUUUUUUUAUUUUGAAUUGGAUUGCUGCACUAUAUAAUUUUUUAUCCCAUAUUUAAAAAAAAAUUGACAUUUUUACAAAAUUUUGAUAAAAAUGCAAAAAUUUUAUUGCACUG